AUGCCUGCUAAGAGGAAGAGAGCCACCGCAGAGGCUGAAGGUCUAUUGCCUCCUACCGUUGAUGGGGAGCCUCCAGCGUGGGCAAAUUUCCGCUCGGAGUUAGGUGACACCCUUCCAUGGUUUCGAGCCGUUCAAGGUGGCAUAUAUCAUAAAGAUGGCCUGGCCUGGGGGGUUCUGAUUAGUCGUGACUCGGGAGAGCGCUCAUAUAUCGAUGAAGAAGUGGUAAUAACCAGGAUAGGUGGUUCAUGCUCUAGAAAUGCGAACGGCGAUUUGGUUCGUGUCAAGGAUCAAGAAGAGAAAGAUCUUUUGGUAAAAUGUCUGCUAAACAGCAUGGAACAGAAGGUUCCUGUCGGAAUCAUCAUCGGGGAGCACAACACUGUCUUGGGAAAGACGGUCCCGCAUCCGUAUAAUGUGAUGGAUUACUUCCGUAUCACGAACAUCUGGUUUGAGUGUAUUGGCAAGCGUACAGCUGCGAAGGUGCGGUAUGAGAAGUUGGAUCUCCAGAGCAAGAGCUGGUGGGCAGACAAAGGGUCGUUAUUGCCACCGUCUCUUGAAGAACGUGAUUUUACAAGCAGACCAAACUCAGCUGAAUGUAACGCAUGUAGCCACAAGAGCUUCCAGGUAUUUCACGAAGGCUGGAUGUGUCUACAGCCAUCUUGCACCCGUUUCUUUAAAAUUCAAGGAUUGGUCGCUCCCGCCAAUCUCACCUACCACCAAAAGUUCCUGAGGUAUCGGAUGGCCCCGGACCCCGUCAUAAAACCUCACCACAGCCUGAUACCAGAUUUGCUCAGCACUCUUGACGAAAAUGACGCAACUGUAGCCACUAGUAGAGUGGCUUGGAAAGGGAUUAUAUGCCCACAGUGCCGCAAAUGUAUCUCACGAAAGUUUUGGAGAGGUUGGAAGUGCAGCGACGAUGGUACCUCUAUUGCGGCCCAACCUCAACAUUUAUGCACUUUUGAGAAGAUGACACGCAUGCCAAUCAUGUCUUUACGAUCCGUCAUUGAUACCCUCGAAAUUGCUCCUCAGAAGCGAGCCUUUAUACCAGAUGACAGGUUUAUGAUUCCAGAGGUUGAUGAUAACUCACUGGCUCCAUAUAGAAGGCUCGUCUACAUCAUUCCAAGAGUCGGUCAUAUUACGCAGCUGGUGUCGAAUAGAGACAUAAAUGACCGCCCUAACGGACCAAACACUAUGUUUACACAACUGCAGCUGGCUGAACUUGGGUUGAAGAGAUUUCCUUUGAGUAAUGCUGUGGUUCCUGGCACACUUACUGCGCACUUUGCAGGGAACCCGUAUAAGUAUGUUGCACCGGUGAAUUGCAAAGGCUUCGAUGAGGCUCCUGGGGUAGUUCUACACGCACUAGGCCGUCUGCAAUGGGCGACGGAGAAGACUGUGCAUUUGGCUGGACAUACGUCCUAUCCACCAAACGAAAUUCUAGUGCUAGGUUAUUUUGCGGACAUGAAGAUCGGGUAUCACGACGACGGCGAAACGUCCCUUGGCCCCACCAUUGCGACGCUAUCGCUGGGGUCGAGGUCUAUCAUGCAGAUCCGCAUGAAAUCCAAAUACUACAAGGGGAAAAGUAGUAGGAACACUCUGCUUGAGAACGAUCCGGUGCUUCCAGGCUGCGCGUUUCAGUUGCAAAGGCAGACAUGGAAAACUGAAUUCGAGCGUGGAAUGAUCACACAAUCCAAGUAUGACCAAUGCCGGAACGAGCUUUUCAAGAGCCACCGCACCCAAUGCGAAGCCAAACCGUGUAUUAAACUGGAUAUCCACCACGGAGAUAUGGUUGUAAUGCAUGGUGAAAGCCUGCAGAGAUACUAUGAGCAUGAGGUUGUCCCUGAGAACAAGUUGCGCUUUGCGUUGACCGCGCGCCACAUCAAAGCAGAGCACGUGGACCCGAAGGAUACUCACAAAGGAGACUUUAUGCUCGCUGGAAGCCAACUCUACAAUGGAAUCUGA